AUGAGUGUAAAUAAUCCAGCUAGAGUUACUCAGAGUUCUCAAAUUGAAAAGUGCGGUUACCCGACUGCAUUUUUUUCAUCAGAUUUUUUGGAGUUAGGAAGUAUACCCACAAAAGUAUCAUAUACUCCAACAAUGGAAUGUUCAUCUAAUUAUACGCAAAAUAAAACUGCUUCGAUUUUCCGACCUUGGGAUUCUUUGAAUGCUGUUGGUACGAUGACGACAUCUACUACAGUAGAAGAAGAAAUAUUUUUAGAGUCAACAGAACCGACAAAUAUUCACAUUCCUGCUGAUUUGUUAAAGGAUACAGAGAUUACAGAGGAGCCAUUGAAUAUAGGAGCAUUGCAUACAUUUUUAAAGAGUGAAGUGAGAGAGUGUGAUUUACAAUUUGUUCGCGUGCUCGAAAAAUCUGUAAUUCAAGCAUACGAGUCGUAUAAAAGAUACAACCGCCAAUCAACUGCAACUCUCGAGAUUCCUGAGUUUUAUACUCGUUCAGGGGAACAUAUGGUUGAGAUAACACCAGAUUCGAAAAUUUAUUUCCCUAAAAAUAUUAAACAGCAGAUUGAAGAAAUGAGUGAAGGUGACAAUGGUUGUGAUUGGGAAACGAUUGUACGGUUAUCGUUAAAAGAAGUCUAUGAUGACAAUGUUGGAAACUACUCCGCCAAAGGUAAAGCUACAGGAUCUAACACCAUUGCACAUCCACCAAUUGACACUCGAUUGUACAAUGGAAUUUAUAAAUGGGUGAAUCAAAAAGUUGGUAAUUCUAAAAUAAUAACUGAGAAAAUGUUUAAUAAGGUUAUAAAUAAGUUUUGUUUAAACAAAAGAGAAAUCGGUUCUAAAGAGAAUUUCGAUCAAUCGGAUAUGAUUACAGAUGAAAAUUUGCAGUUCUUUCGAAAACUCGUAAAAGUUAUUGAAGAAUCAUAUGACAUCCAACAAAGAGAGAUGUUGCCUGAACGGCAAACCCACCAGCUAUCAAACUUAUUUACACAACCUGCUAAAAGCAAAAUCAAAAUUAGCCCACUCUAUGAGAUAUACCUUCCUAAAAGUACAUACACCUACGUUGAACGUAGUAGUGAGACAGAGAGAGGCAAAUAUGAUUGGCGUAUUUUGGUCAAAGAAGCACUACUUGAAAUUUACGGUGAUAGCUUAAAAAAUUAUUCUGCCAAAGGGAGGCGUGGUGGCUCGCCAGGUAUCAAUACAGAAUUGUAUCGAGCUCUGUACGAUUGGGCAUCUUCAUUAGUCAAUGACGAACAAAUUACGGAUGCCGAUUUUGUCGAUAAUAUUUUACGACUAACUUAUAACCCACCUCAGACAAUAACUAAAUAUAUCGGUCGUAGCGUAGUGCGUUAA